AUGGCAACCUUCCGGCACGUCGUCCUGCAGCAGCCCGACCUCGCGGCUAUCGUCUUUGGCUAUCAGUUUGGCGUCUGGGAAGACGUGCGCCCGGCCUUGUUUGCGUGCAAAUACCUCGCCGCCUUUGACGAGACGUCGCGCUGUGGCGGCAAGCACCAGCUCGACGCGUCCUUCUACCCGACCUUUACGGGCACCACCGAGUGGACGACGAGGCCCAUAUCGGGCGAGUCGCACGAGCUCAGCAGGUUCGCGCGCGACGAUCGCCUUCCGCUGCACGUCGCCAUCGUCGAAGGCCAACUGGAGCUCGCUCUGCGCCUUCUCCGCUACCGUCCCGACCUCGCAUCCGAAGACGCGAUUCUCUUGGCGCUCAAGACCGACCGCCUCGAGAUUGCCGCUGCGCUCUUGGACCAGCGCGACGUGCUGCCGACGCUGCACCGUCAAGUCAACGCGCUCGAGCUCGCGGCACUCGCCGAACACGAAGUCUUGAUGGUCUUUGCGAAAGCGAUGGCGCGCGACGACCGGCACCUGCUCGCGCUGCUCCUGCGCUUUCGCCCAGAUGAAACCCAGUGGCCUACUGCGUCGCCUGCCUUCAAGGCGCCCAUUGCGGCGGCGGCCUGGGAAAGCCUUGCAUUCCUCUACAUUCACGCGCCCUGGUUUACUCACCCGUGCAUUCUGGACGACGCCGCGGCGACUGGCAAUUUGGCGCAUGUCCAGCAGCUGCACCAAGGCGGCGCAAGCUGCUCCCGAAAAGCCAUGAUCCUCGCGGCCGCGAGAGGCCACCUCGAUAUUGUGGCCUUUCUGCACACGCACCGGUGGGAAGGCUGCGAUGUGCUCGCGAUGGAUUACGCUGCUGCCCACGGUCAUGCCCACGUCGUAUCGUUUCUCCAUUGGUACCGGACCGAAGGCUGCACGACGGAGGCGAUGGACCUCGCGGCGGGCAACGGCCAUUUGGAGGUCGUUGGCUUCCUCCACCACCAUCGACGCGAAGGCUGCACGGUGAAAGCGCUGGAUGCUGCGAUCGCCAACGGCCAUGAUACCGUCGUCCGCUUCCUCGUCGAGCACCGAACCGAAGGCGCGUCACCAAACGCGUUGGAUGUCGCGGUGGAAAAAGGCCAUACCGACAUUGUCGCCUUCUUGCUUGGCCGAGAUGCGUUUCUUCCGAGCACGCGCGAGCACGUGGUGCGCAUCGCGGUCGAGAACGGACAUGUUCGCACGGCGGAGCUGUUGCUCUCGCUCGGAUAUCCCUUCCCAACGACGUGCGAUCUCACUGCUGCGAUCCAGACACCGGACGCGAUCGAUCUUCUGGCGCUUACCACAACGCAUGGGCUGCCAUGGCAAGCUAGCUGGAUGGACGCAGCGUGCACCACCGAUCGUCUGGACCUCGUCGACUAUCUCCACACCCACUCGGUCGCUGGCUGCACGACGCUGGCACUGGAGAACGCGAUCCAGCACCGCGCGUGGACGGUCGUGGCCUUUCUUUUGGCGCACCGCACAGAAGGCGGCGGACUCGAGGCGGUGCGCUAUGCACUGCAGCACGGUGCGUUCGACGUUGUCGACCAGCUCUGGGCGCGCAGGCCGUGGCUCCGCGACAACAGCCUCCUCGAGACGGCGAUCGAGGCGUCGCCGGCGGCCACAGCGUUUGUGCUCGCCGCGGGCCUCGGCGACAUCAAGCACAGCCUCUUGCGCAUCUCGAGUCUCCCGUUUUGCGUGACGGAGAGCAAGCUGCUGCUGCAACACGUCGUACACACGACUACGUCGAUCGACCACCUCGUAGCCAUCUUGGUGGAGCUCUACGCAGCGCCAUUGCGGCCCAUUAAGCCCGUGCUGGACGUUCUCGCGGCCGAGCUCGUGCGGCAUGUUCGGCUCUCUCUUUGCGACUUGCGCCGCGUGCCAUGUAUUGAUGCUCGUGCUGCUGUGCUCUUGCAACAAGGUGCUAUUGUGGAAUGGGCGUUUGCUCUGGGUGUCGCCCACGUGUGGUCGCUGGAUGCCUCUGUCGUUGCCGCCUGGACCGGUGACUGGCUCGCUGUCGUCCACGACGCCGAGCUAACGGGAUUGCUUCGAGCGCUAACGACGUCGACGCUGUGAAAACUCUGCUACUCCAUCGUGAAACCAUUAUUGAGCCUUGAGUAAAGGACAUGCUUGUUUGCCGAGGAUGAUUGCAUCACGCUAGAGACUGAGCCG